CGCUCACUUCCUUCCAACCCAGUGAAGCUUCAAGGGAACACGGUGCCGGAACCCAAGGCUAUAGUGACCGCCCUGAAGAACAACUGGAACGUGCAUAUCCUUCUUAACGCUCUCUCCACCAAUGCCCUCAUCCUCCUGGGUUCGUCUUCGCGCUCGCAAAACGACUCUGACCACUCUCUCGCGGUUAAGGAUGGUGUUCUCACUGUCGCCUCUCCUAGCCUCGAUGCUAAACGCGAACCUGACAUGUCCCUAGAGGACUGGAUCCACGCUUGGCCCCGCCUUGUGCGGAUGAUAUCCGUGUACCUCCCAGGCCCCUCCAAAGAUGAUAUUUCAGCGGCUUGGGAGGUCCACUUCAAAACCAUUUCCAAUCGUCUAGACUUCUUUGUCAACUUCAAGCACUACCUGCUUUACGAUAUUCGCGUUCGCCAGUCGUUCGUCCACAAUCAAGAAUUCAACCCGGACGACUGGCAGGAGGAGGUUUGGAACGCUAUCGGCCGAGAACGUAAUAUCUCUGACUUCCACGGGUCUCUCUCCCAGCCUGUGCAGCCUCGCGCUUCAGGCUCGUCCUUUCGAGGCACCACCGCCCCUCCCAGGAGCUCGCGGGCGAGUGGUAGCAGUUCGCAGCUCCGUCCAGGUCCCUCCAAUCACAAGUGCAUUUUCUGCGGCUCAGCAGACUGUCGUGCACGGGCCUGUGGACUUACCCAAACUUCCUUCAUCAAACGUGAUUCCUCGGGCCUCUGGGCGACAGCUGCAAACGAGCAAGUUUGCUUCCGCUACAACGGAGCUCGCGGCUGCCCAAAAUCAGAGUCCGAGUGUGGACGAAAGCACCUCUGCACCCGCUGCGGACAACCUCACCCGGCUCAGAACUGCGCAUAA